AUGAACGAAAAUGAGGACGAAGUUACGACAUUUUGUGAUUCCACGUCAGCACUGGUGGAGGGUUGUCGUUUGCCAGUUCGCAUGCAAGGCGGUGAUGAUUGGCCUCUAGCAGAGAUCAUAAGCAUAAAGGAAGUCAGAGGACAACGUGGUUUUUACGUUCAUUAUGUUGACUUUAACAAACGCUUGGAUGAGUGGGUUGGAGAGUCAUGGCUGGAUACACGAAAGGUUCAAUUCCCAAGAAGGGAUGGUGCACCUUCCGGUGGCACAACAACUCCGAAGAAAACACAUAUUGGAUCAGGAGGUGGCAUAAUGCCUCAAUUUAUUAAUGAUAAUGUCUGCCCUGAACCCCAGAAGUCUCUAAAUAACCAUAGAGACACUAAUGCAAAGCAACAACUUCAACCUAAAUUGCCCGAAAAAACCCUUAAUAGCAAUGCCCUCAAUGGUUCUGCACAAAAGUACACACCUGCUCUUACGAGUGAGCCGCGUCAGUUGGUCUCCAGGCCAGCCAGCCCUACACUAUUGCCAGAAACGAACAGCUUGGUGAACGGUGGCGCUGUUUUAGCAGCCGCCCUCCAGAAGAAAAUUAAUAGAAAACGAAAAGCGAACUCGCUCGAGAAUGAGGAGCCCCCCUCCCUGGACUCGUUGGACGGCGAAGCCGUCGCGAGCGGAACGGCCACGCCCACCGCCAGGCCCCGCCAGUCGGGCAGCCUGGUCGCGCACGGCCACGACGACCUCGUCACCCGCAUGAAGAACAUCGAGCUCAUCGAGCUCGGCAAGCACAGGAUACGGCCCUGGUACUUCGCCCCCUACCCGCAGGAAAUGGUCAAUUUGCCUUGCAUAUACAUAUGCGAAUUCUGUUUGAAGUACAGAAAAAGUAAAAAGUGCCUAGAAAGACAUUUAAUCAAGUGCAAGCUGAAGCAUCCGCCAGGCAACGAGAUCUACCGCAAGGGCAGCAUUUCGUUCUUCGAGAUUGACGGGCGGAAGAACAAAUGCUACGCGCAGAACCUCUGCCUCCUGGCGAAGCUGUUCUUGGACCACAAGACCUUAUACUACGACACGGAUCCGUUUCUAUUUUACGUUAUGACGGAGUUCGACGCUAGAGGGUUCCACAUAGUCGGUUAUUUCUCAAAGGAGAAGGAAAGCACUGAAGACUACAACGUGGCUUGUAUUUUAACUCUACCUCCAUACCAAAGAAAGGGUUAUGGAAAACUUUUAAUAGAAUUUAGUUACGAGCUAUCGAAGUUCGAAGGCAAAACCGGUUCGCCAGAGAAGCCCUUGUCGGAUCUCGGCCUGUUGUCGUACAGAAGUUAUUGGGCCCAGACGAUAUUGGACAUACUUAUGAACGUUAAACCGGUCGGAGACAACGAAAAACCAAUUAUUACGAUCAACGAGAUCUGCGAGCUGACCAGCAUAAAGAAGGAGGACGUCAUAAGCACACUGCAGAAUCUGAACUUGAUCAACUAUUACAAGGGCCAGUACAUAAUAUCGGUGAAUCAGGAAAUCGCCCAGCAACACGAGAAAGCGAUGGAGAAGAAGUUACUGCGCAUCGACCCCAAAUGUCUGCACUGGACACCCAAAGACUGGUCCAAGCGGGCUAAAUGCGUU